AUGGAGUACGGCGUCGCCGAUGACUACGGGUACGACGACCAGCAGGAGCCGCCGUCGUCCGCGGAUGGGGACGAGUACGCGACGGUGCUGUCGGCGCCGCCGAAGCGCCCCGCGGGGCGGACCAAGUUCCGGGAGACGCGUCACCCGGUGUACCGCGGCGUGCGGCGGCGCGGGCCCGCGGGGCGGUGGGUGUGCGAGGUCCGGGAGCCCAACAAGAAGUCCCGCAUCUGGCUCGGCACCUUCGCCACCGCCGAGGCCGCCGCGCGCGCGCACGACGUCGCCGCGCUCGCGCUCCGCGGGCGAGCCGCCUGCCUCAACUUCGCCGACUCCGCGCGCCUGCUCCGCGUCGACCCCGCCACGCUCGCCACCCCCGACGACAUCCGACGCGCCGCCAUCCAGCUCGCCGAGGACUCGUCCGCCUCCUCCUCGUUCCACUCGCAGCAGGACGCCCCCGUGGCCGUGGCCGUGGCCGUGGCGUCCACGACGCCCGCGCCCCCGUCGGCGCCUUCGUCGGCGUACCAGCAGCAGGCGGACGCCGCCGCCGCGGCGGCAAUGUACGGCGCCAGCUUAGAGUUCGACCACCCGUAUUACUACGACGACGGGAUGGUGGGCGGGAACGACUGGCAGAGCAGCAGCGGUUGGCAUAGCAACAUCGACGGCGACGACGAGUGCGCCGGCGACAUGACGCUCUGGAGCUACUACUGA